CGCCUUGUCUUGAUUUGAUGUCUGAUUUCGAUUUCUACAACUAUUGGCGGGAUAUCUAACGAUCUAUAAUAAGCCACGUGUUAAGAUUCCUUCCAGACCGGACAGCGGGACAGGUUGCCUAUAUAAACCCCCUGACCCAAUCACGUUUCUCGGAUCCGAAAAGGAAAGUAAAAAAAAAGACAAAGAAGGACGAUUUUGAUCGCAUCAAAUGGCGGAAGAGAAGAGCUUCAAGUACGUGAUCGUCGGAGGUGGUGUAGCCGCCGGAUACGCGGCGAGAGAGUUCUCAAAGCAAGGUCUCAAGCCUGGUGAACUUGCUAUCAUCUCCAGGGAACCUGUGCCUCCAUAUGAGCGUCCUGCACUCAGCAAAGGAUAUAUCAAUCUCGAGAAUAAAGCUUCACUUCCGGGUUUCUAUGUAUGUGCUGGAAGUGGAGGAGAGAAACAGUUCCCUCAAUGGUACAAAGACAAUGGGAUUGAGCUGCUUCUAGACACAGAGAUUGUGAAAGCAGAUCUUGCUUCAAAGACUCUCGUCAGUGGCACUGGACAAGUCUUCAAGUACCAAACUUUGGUAGCUGCUACUGGCUCAUCUGUCACAAGGCUGUCUGAUUUUGGCGUUGAAGGUGCAGAUGCUAAGAACAUAUUCUACCUAAGAGAGCUUCUCGACGCUGAUGAGCUCGUGACUGCAAUGAACGUGAAGGCAAAUGGCAAAGCUGUGGUUGUUGGUGGCGGUUACAUUGGUCUUGAACUCAGUUCUGCUCUCAAGGUUAACAACAUGGAAGUUACCAUGGUUUAUCCAGAGCCUUGGUGCAUGCCUCGGCUUUUCACCGCCGGCAUUGCUUCCUUCUACGAGGGCUUCUACGCCAACAAAGGAAUCAACAUUGUCAAAGGCACCGUUGCAGCUGGUUUCAACACCAACUCAGAUGGAGAGGUCACUGAGGUGAUAUUGAAGGACGGAAGAACAUUAGAAGCUGAUAUAGUGAUCGUAGGUGUUGGCGCUAGACCUAUUAUCUCACUCUUCAAAGGUCAAGUUGAUGAAGACAAGGGUGGACUCAAGACUGACGCAUUCUUCAGAACAAGCGUUCCAGAUGUAUACGCCGUUGGUGACAUAGCCACCUUCCCAAUGAAACUCUACAACGAGAUGAGACGCGUUGAGCACGUGGACCAUGCUCGGAAGUCAGCUGAACAGGCCGUUAAGGCAAUCAAGGCUGCAGAGGAAGGGAACUCGAUUCCAGAAUAUGACUAUCUUCCGUACUUCUACUCUCGAGCCUUUAAUCUCUCGUGGCAAUUCUACGGUGACAACGUUGGAGAGACCGUGUUGUUUGGGGACAAUGAUCCAACAUCUGCUAAACCGAAGUUUGGGAGCUUUUGGAUUAAAGAUGGGAAGUUGAUAGGAGCUUUUCUAGAAGGAGGAAAUCCUGAUGAGAACAAGGCGAUUGCUAAGGCUGCAAGAGAACAGCCUGUAGUUGAGAGCGUAGAGGUGUUGGCCAAGGACGGACUUUCCUUCGUCAGCAACAUGUAAAAGAAAGGAACCAAACUGCUUCUACGUUCUGAUUUGUGUUGUGUGUUUUAGUGUGAGUUUGAGUGGCUUUAUGUCAUUUUGCUACUAUAAAACAUCCUCACUAUGUUUGUUUUGGUUAUUGGUUUGUUGGGAUUAUUUGAUUUGAGAAAUAAAUUUGAAACUAUUUAGUUUGUA